AUGUCUGCCGUGCGAGAUUUCCCCACAAUCAAGGCGGUUCGAUCAUAUGUGAUCGGUGGUGUUGGCUCUGGAGGUGACUAUCACAAUGUCAAGGGCGGCCACUGGCUGAUUGACUCCGACAUCUCCACUCCUUGCUCAAUCUGGGAUCAGUACAAAAAGUCACGGACAAGCUGGGGUAUCAAUGUGCUGGGUUCGUUCUUGAUUGAGAUUGAGGCGACUGAUGGCACCGUGGGCUUUGCAACCGGUUUUGGAGGCCCUCCUGGCUGCUGGCUGGUUCACCAACACUUCGAGCGUUUCCUGAUCGGUGCCGACCCCCGGAAUACCAACCUUUUGUUUGAGCAGAUGUACAGAGCCUCCAUGUUUUACGGCCGGAAAGGUCUUCCCGUGGCCGUCAUCUCGGUCAUUGAUCUCGCAAUCUGGGAUCUGCUUGGCAAGAUUCGCAACGAGCCUGUAUACAAGCUCAUCGGUGGCGCCGCCCGAGAACGUCUCAACUUUUACUGUACUGGUCCCGAGCCAACAGCGGCCAAGUCCAUGGGCUUCUGGGGCGCCAAGGUGCCUCUGCCUUUCUGCCCGGCCGAUGGCCACGAGGGCCUUCGCAAGAACAUCGAGUUCCUCCGCAAGCACAGAGAAAGCGUUGGACCAGACUUUCCCAUCAUGGUCGACUGCUACAUGAGCUUGAACGUCUCCUACACAAUCGAGAUUGCCGAAAAGUGCAAGGACCUCAACAUCAACUGGUGGGAGGAGUGCUUGAGCCCCGAUGACACGGACGGCUUUGAGCAGAUCAAGCGGGCGCAUCCCACACUCAAGUUCACGACUGGCGAGCACGAGUACUCGAGAUAUGGCUUCCGCAAGCUGAUUGAGGGUCGCAACCUGGACAUCAUCCAGCCCGACGUCAUGUGGCUCGGAGGUCUCACGGAGCUGCUCAAGGUGUCAGCCAUGGCUGCCGCUUACGAUAUUCCCGUCGUGCCUCACGCCAGUGGCCCGUACAGCUACCACUUUGUCAUUUCACAACCGAACACACCAUUCCAGGAGUAUCUGGCAAACUCGCCCGAUGGCAAGAGUGUCCUGCCCGUGUUUGGCGAUCUCUUCAUUGACGAGCCAAUCCCGACCAAGGGUUUCCUGACCACUGCCGAUCUGGACAAGCCCGGAUUUGGACUUACGCUCAACCCUGCUGUGCGAUCCAAGUUGAUCUCCUCCGACUACCUGCUGACGCCCCCACCUACUGCUGGUCUCAAGCCAGCUGAGCCCAAGGAAGAGGCCAAGACCGACUCUUAG